AACGCACUUGAAAUGUAAACAAUAUUUAUCUCUCGAAAAUCAAUUAACAUUAUUCCCUUGCUAGACUAAAAAUAUUAAUCAUUAACGUUAGUUUAAUAGGUACAUUACAAUAAUUAUUUUUCCAUCAACAAGCACCAACAGUCCAUAUCUUUAUUAAAAGCCAUGAAGAAAAACAAUGCACAGCAGCCAGCUCUACACAAAGUUAUAAUGGUGGGAAGCGGUGGUGUUGGUAAAUCCGCCCUCACCCUUCAGUUCAUGUAUGAUGAGUUUGUUGAAGAUUAUGAACCGACUAAAGCUGAUUCGUACCGUAAAAAAGUAGUCUUGGAUGGUGAAGAAGUCCAAAUUGAUAUACUGGACACAGCCGGCCAGGAAGAUUAUGCUGCCAUUCGUGACAAUUAUUUCCGCAGUGGUGAAGGAUUUUUGUGUGUGUUUUCCAUUACAGAAGAUGACAGUUUUCAAUCAACAAUGGAGUUUAGAGAACAAAUUCUACGGGUGAAAAAUGAUGAAAACAUCCCCUUUUUACUAGUUGGUAACAAAGGAGACUUGACAGAUAAAAGAAAAGUGUCAUUGAAUGAAGCUCAGUCUAGGGCACAAGAAUGGGGAGUGCCAUAUGUCGAAACAUCGGCUAAGACAAGAGAUAAUGUUGAUAAGGUAUUUUUUGACUUGAUGCGUGAGAUCCGUGCUCGCAAGAAGGAAGAUGUGAAGGGAGCAAAUGGCAAGGGUAAAGACAAAGGUAGACGAAAGAAGUUGAAAUGUAAUAUAGUGUAAAAGCUUUAACUCUCAACAAUUGUGGGAAUCUAAUUCAAUAUUAUUUAUUAUAAUUUUUAAUAACAUGCAAUCAAUUAUUUUGAUUUCGAUUAUAAUGUCUUUCUCCUAAAUAUAUAUCAAGGAUUUUAAUUUUAUAUGAUUAAAUAGUA